AUGGAAACGCAGACGCAGCAGCGAAUGCUGCCCAGCAAGAUGGCGGGACUCCCCAACAUCCUCAACAGCGAGGAGCAAGCCCCUUCGUCCGCUGUACCAGCUGCUCCCGCUCCCCAGUUGCGCGAUUCUGGAUUCUACUCGACCCACGAGACGUCAAGCAAGCACGCUUCUACAGCCUCCUUCACGACCGCUGGUCUCAGCCCGGCCGGAUCUGGCUAUUCGUCCGUUGACAAGACGCCCUCCCCCGUCGCCACCAACAUGCUACCUCACGCCUUGGUCUCACCAGCUGCCAGCAACAUGAGCGUGGCCUCGAUGGUCUCUCCCAACCCUACCAACCCGAUUGAUCGGAGAUUCGACCGACCAACUUCGCUGGACACGGCCAGCAUGUCAGGGGCAACCCUGGGAGAAGGGCUCGCCUCUGUUGCAGGCAGCCGGCGUGAGAGCGUAGACAGCAGAAUCAACCAAAACUUCAGCGAUAUGCGAUUAGGCGGCUCUCCAUACACCAGCAACAACCAGUCCACAUCCUCCAUCCAGAGUACCCUGCACCACCAGCGCAAUCCCAGGCCCAACUUCGAGGCCCUUGCCGUGCACCGAAUCUCAAACGGAUACCUGCCCAGCGCUGAGCGAAACCCAGAGCCUGCCAAAGUCGUGCGAACCGCUCCUACGAUUACUGGUCCUACAACCGGGCUCAUUGCCCGUGCAGCCGAGCCGACUAAGGGUCAGGCCUGGGCUUUCCCUGAGGACGAUCUUCGAGGAGGUGACAACCAGAGGGUUGGCAACAACCUCUUGAACAACCACUCGUCCUAUGAUGUCUCUCGCCGCAGCAGCAUCACCGAGUCCAUCGCCAGCAGCCAGUUCACGACAGAGUCGAGACUGCCUGCGGGUCAGCGCAGAUUUGAAGAUGGCUCCCAGCUGUCGCGGAUGAACUCAUCCGAUUUCCCCCCUGUUCACCACCACACCAUUCCGCACAAGCAGCUGAGCAACCUACAAGCCGAGGAGUCCAAUGGGGCCUCCGGUUCGCAGCCCUACAGCAGAACCCCCGAGCUGCGAGUCAGCCAUAAGCUGGCCGAACGGAAACGAAGAACCGAGAUGAAGGAGCUGUUUGAUCAGCUGCGUGAUUUGAUGCCGCAGGAGCGGGGAUCCAAGGCAUCCAAGUGGGAAAUUCUCACCAAAGCCAUCGCUGAGCACCAGAGACAGAGUGACCACAUUCGGCUCCUCCAAGGCCACAUCAACUCGCUCAUGGCCGAUAAUGACAUGUUGCGGCGAGAGCUGUCGGGAAUGCGAAUGGAGCAGCAGCACACUCAGUAUGCGGGCGGCAUGGACCGCCAGCACGGACAAGGACCGCCCCCGGGACACGCCGGCCAGGCGGCUCCCUACUCAUCUGAUCCGUAUGCGAGCGCGCCUCGGACCGAGCUGCCGCCUCUCCGGUCCAUCAGCAACGGCAUCCCGAGCGGCCCGGAUUCCAUGACGGGCGUGCAGUACGAAGCUCCACGGACCAACGGAUACCGACAAGAGCGAUACUAG